AACCGCCAUCUUCCUCGCAGCUCGCCCCAUGACGCGCAUGACUCUGACCACGCCCACCAUCGUGGCCCGGCCCCAGCGCCGCAAGAUGACGGUGGCCACCUGCGUGUCGGCCAACGGGAAGCCGCCCAGCGUCAUCAAGUGGGACACGCGGCUGAAGGGCGAGGCCACCUUCCAGGAGACUCGCAACCAGAACGGCACGGUGACGGUGCGCAGCAACUACGUGCUGCUGCCUGGCAGGGAGACGCACAAGCAGAAGCUGACCUGCAUCGUGACGUACCGCAAUGAGAGGUUCUCCGACAGCGUGGUGCUCAACGUGCAGCACGAACCCCAGGUGAAGAUUGAAGGCUUUGACAGCAACUGGUAUCUAAACCGUCAGAACGUGCAGCUCACCUGCCAGGCCGACGCCAACCCUCCUGUCACCGUCUACCAGUGGAAACUCUUGAACGGCUCUCUGCCCAGCAACGUGGAGAUCAGGAACAACAGUUUGUUCUUCAAAGGCCCCGUGACCUACGACCUGGCGGGCACAUACGUGUGUCACGCUACCAACGGCAUCGGCACGCGCUCUAGCAUGGUGGACGUCAACAUCACAGAGUUCCCUAGCAAACCUGCAGGGGGUGACGGUGAGCAGGACAUCGUGGUGGUGGUGGGGGGCGACGACGCGGCGCAGAAGCAGGACUACACGAAUGUGGCCAUCGGGGUGGCGGUGGGGGGCGUGGCCCUGUUAGGCGUGGCCGCCAUGGCGCUGUGGGUGUUGGUGCGGCGCCGCCAGCGCACCUUCAAGGGCGACUACAGCACCAAGAUGCAGGUGCUAGGCAACGGCAAGGCCCCGCCCCCUGGCGGCAUGCACUACACCGAGGACGAGGAGGACGAGGACGACAAGAAGCCCUCGCAAACGGCGGGCGACGAGGGCGAGGGGGAGGAGCUGAAGAGGCCCUACUUCACGGUGGACGAGGGCGGAGACUACGACCAGCGGACUCUGGUCUUCCAGUACGACCCCCGACAGGAAGUCAGCGACGACAUGAUCUCACAGACCGACGGCUCCGUCAUCUCCAAGAAGGAGUGGUACGUGUAGGCUCCGCCCCCGGCCUCACGCGCCGCCGCUGCCUCCUCGUCACCACCCGCACUGCACCCCCCCACACCCCCCUCACCCCCCUCUCUCUCUCACACCCCUCCCUCCCCCACCUUUGGACCCGUGUCACCCGUCUGGACAAACUGAUGUCAGCACACACACACACACACACACACACACACACACACACACACACACGCACGCACACACACACACACACACACACACACACACUGUGUGUGACAUAUAAAAGAGUGGCACUCGUGAAAAGUCCAACACUGAAUUUGUGUUUUGCCAAAUCAUUGCCAUGUUUUUUAUAAUCUUCUCUUUUAUGAUUUCCAUGUUUUCAAAAGAAUAUUUUUGUAAUCAAACAUUUUGCAGAAAGGAGAAAAAACAAGGCGGACGCUGGAAUUGAUUUGUUUUUGUCUUUUUGUUGUGAUUUUGUACUCAGUGUGUUGGUAUUGAGUUGGGGUACUGGAACUGCCAGUGAGAAUAAACAUUUAGCAGCAAAAGGAAAAGGUCAAUGUUUGAUAAUUAUGUUUUUGUUUCUCAUGUUUUUAUGUUUUUCAGGGUUUUUUUGUUUUGUUUUGUUUUAAGUUUUUUUAUGGUUUGUUUUUUAAUGUUUUGAUGUUGUUUUGCUUUUCAUGUUUGUUUGUUUUUUAUGUUUUUAUGACUAGAAGUUUGUUCUUUAUUUAUUUUUUUUUAAUGUUUUUUGUGUUUUCACAUUGUUUUCCUUUUUAUGUUAUUUGAUGUUUUUUACGCUUUUAUGUUUUUAUGGUUUGAAUGUUUCACAGCGUUGUUAGUUGGGGGGUGGGAGUGGGGGGGGUCUACGUGUUGUUGGCAUUAAUUCUCGCAAGCAAGACUGCAAAAGAAAAAAAGGCGAUUCAAACAUUUAGACAAAUAUUUCGCCUGCUGCUUCUUUUGUUUCUUUUGAAACCAACCAUUGCUUUUUCUUUGGCUUUUUAUUCCUGAACGCAUCAUUCAAGUUAAAAAGAAAUUGUUUGUUUGUCAAAUUGCAAAACACCUUCUUUCAUGCUGGGUGUUUACUGUAAACAAAGAUGGCAUCCAUCACUCCGAAAGAAGAGCGCAUCACGCUUCAACACAUCAAGCCUUAUCAGUCUGAUAUCGCUUCAAUUUAAAGUGAACACGGUAUCGCUGGUAUCCACAUUAGGGAUAUUUAUCGAUUCCAUGCCACUUGUAUCGAUGUGAUACACCAGUAUCCACAGUGGGGAUAUGUAUCGGCCGCAGGGUUAGUUUUGAAAAUAAACUUCUUCUGCUUCUAAAGAAGAAAUGCUUGCACAACAGAAAAGUUCAUCCCAAAUAAAAAAGUACAGACGGGAAGAAAAGGA